UUUAUAUUUGAAUUUCCACCAUUGAGAUAGGGUUCUAAGUUUUAGUCUAGACAUUGAGAAGAUGAAAACUCUUCUAGACAUGCAAUUUUUUUUCUCUAUCUACGAUCAAUUUAUUUGUGGGUUUAUCUCUUCAUAAAGGGAAAAAAACAAGUCACGAGCAAAAUGAUGAGUGCUGGAAAUCUUACAAGGUAAACAUAAAUAGAAGACAUUUAAUGAUGAAAGAAACUGAAAAUCUUAUAAUUUAGGAGUGAAGAAAUACUGGGCACACGCAAUUAUUAGUAUAGUUUUUUUAAUGGAGAAACGAAACAGAGAUGAUUAUGAAAUAGCAAUUUCUACUCAUUGCGAGCUUUAGGCAAUGAAAAGCAAUUAGGAAGAGCCACGAUUUCAAAGUCAAAAAACUAUAUGUACUUAUAUGUAAUCAUGAAGUGUUCCCUAUUCCCUUCUAAACUAGUCCCACCCAUUCCAUUUGCUUUGAAUUUUUUUUAUUUUUUUCUGGGAGUCCUUAGUCCCACCCACCCACCCAUUCAUCAUUCAUCCACUUUAUUUCUAGCAUUAAAUCCCCUUUUUUUUUCUUUUUUUUUUGUUCUCUCUCGAGUUUUUUUGUCCAUUAUACAUCAAAGCAAGCAUCAUCAUCAAGAUACCGGCUUCCAACAAAGAAGUAUAAUUAUUCUAAUGGAUUUUAGGUAUGGCAAAAAUAAUGCUAACCGAGAGACACAUAGUCUAGUCUGAAGAGAAAGCAGGGCCUCUAGCAAUGCCCUUUUUGGCUCCUAUCAUCAAAUAUGUUUUUGGAAAUGAAUUCAAACUUACCAUCCAGACAACCUGGAAUUACUCUUCUUCAAUAACCUAUAAAAAUCCUUUCCUCUAAUUUUGUUCUUUCCAUGUUUGCUCUCACAAAGACCAUAUCUCCAGCCAUUUUUAUCUAGAACCAAAGAGCUAAAGAAACCCACACACUGAAACUUUACCAUGCACUUCAGAUAGCCUUUCACACCCCCAAAAAGUUAAUCACCUCCAGGCUCUCCAUCAGUAUUCUUUUUUACCAGAUGGGGGUAGCAACAUCAUCCAUGGCAGCAAAAUUUGCUUUCUUUCCACCAAAUCCACCAUCUUACACCAUAUUAGUGGAUGAAGAAACCGGAAAACUUAGGCUCUCAUCAGAUACACUCCACCAGAGGGACAACGUGGAUGUUUUGAGAUUAUGUACCAAGAAAGGCAAUGAGAUUGUUGCCAUGUAUGUGAAGAAUCCAUCAGCUUCAUUGACAGUGUUGUAUUCUCAUGGCAAUGCUGCUGAUAUUGGCCAGAUGUAUCAUAUUUUCACUGAACUUAGCUUGCAUCUCAAUGUUAAUCUUAUGGGGUAUGAUUAUUCUGGCUAUGGACAGUCUUCUGGAAAGCCAAGUGAGCAAGACACGUAUGCUGAUAUAGAGGCUGCAUUUAAAUGCCUUGAAGAGACAUAUGGAGUGAAGGAGGAAGACAUUAUAUUGUAUGGCCAGUCGUUAGGGAGUGGACCUGCUCUUGAAUUGGCUACUUGUUUGCCUGAAUUAAGGGCUGUUAUUCUUCACAGUCCUAUCCUGUCUGGCCUUCGAGUCAUGCAUCCUAUCAAGAAAACAUUCUGGUUCGACAUUUACAAGAAUAUUGAUAAAAUCCCGCUAGUCAAUUGCCCAGUUCUUGUAAUUCAUGGAACAGAAGACGAAGUUGUGAAUUUCUCUCAUGGGAAGCAGCUGUGGGAGCUUUGCAAAGAGAAGUAUGAGCCAUUGUGGCUUAAAGGAGGAAACCACUGCAAUCUGGAACUCUACCCAGAAUACUUGAAGCAUCUCAAGAAGUUCAUAUGUGCCAUCGAAAAAUUGCAACCGCGUCUUAGAAAUGUAUCAGCCCAAAGUACUGAUCAACCUGAACAACCCUUGAAUACUGCAGAACACAAUGCGGAGAAGCCAAGGCCAAGCACAGAUCAUAAAGAGAAGGCAAGGCCUAGUAUUGGACACAAAGAAAAAUCCAGGCUAAGCACAGACAGUAGAGAGAAAGCAAGAGCCAGCACUGACAGAAGAGAAAGGGCACGAAAGAGCAUUGAACGCAUGGCCAAAGCAAGAAAUAGCACGGAUCAGCCAGAGAAAGCUAGGAACAGCUUCGACCGGUUGGGAGACAUGGUGAGGUCUGUUGGAUUGUGCAAUGUUGAUUGUCUGAAGCAGACAGCUGCCGAGGCCUGAUCGAUCAGGUUAAGGUCAGCAAUCCUAUAUGAGCCAUCUUCUAUUCUUCUAUCUAUUACAGUUACCUUGUGGAUUCUGAAGUCUUUGAGAAAGCUCCAGCUUGAUAAAUCAAAUCAUGUUGCUCCUAAAUAGUCCUGGAUCACUUCAGCAAAAAAGAGAAAUUCCUUUGCUGCGGCUGUUUGCGCUUUCAAAAUAGCAUCUAAGCAAGGGGAGUAUGGUCAGCCAGCAAUCAUCAACUAUCCCCUACAGCUUUUUAGUCUGGUGAUUGCUGGUUGGUUCUUAUUGAUUUUAUUAUCCUUAUUUUCAUAACCCUCCUCGUCCAAUUUGCUGUUUGCCUUUUCCUGUCGAUCUUUUAUGUGAAUUCUUGUAGCUGAAAUGACUACAAGUGCUGUGGCUAUUCAGUGAAAUAAUUUCAUAAAUAUAUUUAGUAGAAUUAAACA